AUGGAUUCCAGUGCGCCCAACGGAGGCUUGUCGCCUCGGGCUUUUGCGAUGCAGCACCAGCGUCCUCGGGCCAGUUUCCAGGGAUGUUCACGAAUCUCCGACUACGAACUCCUCGGGAAGUUGGGUGAGGGUACUUUCGGUGAAGUUCACCAUGCGAGAUCUCGCAAGACCAACGCUCAUGUCGCCGUCAAAAAGAUCAUCAUGCACCACGAAAAGGAUGGCUUCCCCAUCACGGCAUUGCGAGAAAUCAAACUUCUGAAACUGCUCUCUCACAAAAAUGUCCUGCAGCUGGUGGACAUGGCUGUGGAGCACCCUCAGAGAGCCAGUAAGUCGCUCAUGCUCAACUACCCAAUUCGCCAGCAGCAAUUCCUGACCCGAAUUGUGACAGGCGACAAGCGCAAGCGCCCAAUUAUGUACAUGGCAACCCCGUACAUGGAUCACGACUUGUCGGGCCUUCUCGACAACCCUUCCGUUCAUUUCACCGAACCGCAGAUCAAAUGUUACAUGCUGCAGCUCCUCGAGGGAUUGCGAUAUCUGCACGACCAACAUAUCCUACAUCGAGACAUGAAGGCUGCCAAUCUUCUCAUCAACAACAAAGGCAUCCUCCAGAUUGCCGAUUUCGGUCUGGCAAGACACUACGAAGGGCCCACGCCCAAGCCUGGACAUGGGGCAGGAGAGGGGAAAAGGGAAUACACCGGCCUUGUCGUCACUCGGUGGUACAGACCCCCGGAAUUGCUGCUUCACCUGAAAAGAUACACAACCGCUAUUGACGUUUGGGGUGUUGGCUGUGUCUUUGGCGAAAUGCUUGUUGGAAAGCCGAUUCUAGCUGGUGAGAGCGAUACACACCAGCUCGACAUAAUUUGGGAUCUGAUGGGGUCGCCCACGCCGGAAAACAUGCCCCUUUUCAACACUCUUCCUGGUGCUGAAGCAGUGACCCCACGCCCUCGGCCUGGUAGCAUUACCAACAAGUUCAGAGAGUACGGAACCGGAGCAGUCUCUUUGCUUAAGGAGCUUCUCAGACUCGACUGGAAAAGUCGCAUAAACGCCGCCGAUGCGCUCAACCAUCCAUACUUCAAAAUGGCUCCCAUGCCAGCUGAACCUGGAGACCUACCCACCUUCGAGGACAGUCACGAACUAGACAGGCGAAAGUUCCACGAUCGUCAGGCAAAACUCCCACCAGCGCCCAAGGGAGGCACGGUGGGCAUGGGCCCCGAGGCGCACGGCGCGAAUGCCGGUUUCAACAAUACCGAUGCUUACAGCAACCGCAAUGGCGUAAACGGUCGGAAUGCCAAUGUACCCGGAGGUCACAGGAACGGCGGCGAUGAACGCCGACCAGCUUGGCAGCGCGACAACAGAGGCUUACCUCCGCGACCGCCCCCACCCGAGUAUGCUAACGGCGGCCCUAUGCCACCCCGCGAUGACUACCGGGACAGAGACAGAGAUAGGAGGCCGAGAAGUCGAGGAGGAAGAGGUCCUGACGUAGACACGUAUAUCCCGAGCUACAGAGACGAUGUUCCUCCACGACAUAGAGACGACCGGCCUCCUCGCGACCGACGCCGCAAUAGUAGAGAUGAGCGAUGGCACGAGCGAGACUGGGAUCGCCGGACGCGCAGCCGUAGCCGCUCUCCCAUGCGGGAACGGGAGGCGUACCGCAGAUGA